ACCAUGCUCCGGCUGGCGAUCGUGCUGGCCCUGGCGGAGGCGGCUGGAUCGUUUGAGCUGACGCCGGAGGGCUACGCCGAAAUCCUGGCAACCAAUUCCCCUGAGAAGAAGGAGGAGUUCAUCGAAACUGUCGUGACCCAGCAACUCCACGGCUUCGUUACGAGCGAUGUAGGGCUCAAGAGCUUCGCGGAGACCGCUCCCGCCAGUUGGUCGGCGCUUCUGUCGCAGCUGCAGCAGGGGCUGCCCUGGCUGUGCGGCGGAGCGACAGGGCAUCUCUGCGACGACCCACUGACAGCCCCAUUGGGUCCAGACGGCUGGGCCUCUGUGCUGCGUGCCAAUGUCACCGCCCGCGGCAUUCUCACCAAGCGCAUUGCCGAGGAUCGGCUGAAUGCGAAGGUCCGCACCGGAUACUUUGGACACCGCCUUGGCUGA